ACGGUGAGAUUUGGGUUGCUGCCUAGUGUGUGACGCGCAAAAGCUAAUCAGAAAGCGGGUGUUUUUUUUUUUUUUUCAUCUGGCUGUAAUCGAAAAUGGCGACUUCCUUGGGCUCUAACACGUACAAUAGACAGAAUUGGGAGGACUCGGACUUCCCUAUUCUCUGUCAGACAUGUUUAGGCGAGAAUCCAUACAUCCGAAUGACCAAAGAAAAGUAUGGCAAAGAGUGCAAGAUCUGUGCUCGUCCCUUCACCGUGUUCCGCUGGUGUCCGGGGGUCAGGAUGCGCUUUAAAAAGACGGAAGUGUGUCAGACCUGCAGUAAGAUGAAAAACGUGUGUCAGACCUGCCUGCUGGAUCUGGAGUACGGUUUACCCAUUCAAGUCAGAGACACAGGGAUAUCCGUUAAAGACGACAUGCCAAGAUCGGACGUGAACAAAGAGUACUACACCCAGAACAUGGAGAGAGAGAUCGCGAACUCUGAUGGCACAAGACCAGUCGGUGCUCUGGGCAAAGCUCCCGGGUCCAGUGACAUGCUACUGAAGCUCGCUCGCACCACUCCAUACUACAAGAGGAACAGACCUCAUAUCUGCUCUUUCUGGGUGAAAGGAGAGUGCCGUAGAGGAGAGGAGUGCCCUUACAGGCACGAGAAGCCCACCGACCCGGAUGACCCGCUGGCUGAUCAAAACAUUAAGGACCGUUACUACGGCAUCAACGACCCGGUGGCUAAUAAGCUGUUGAAGCGAGCCUCUACGAUGCCUCGGUUAGACCCACCUGAGGACAAGUCCAUCACCACGCUGUACAUCGGAGGCCUAGCAGAUACCAUUACAGAUUCAGAGCUCAGAAACCAUUUCUACCAGUUCGGAGAGAUCCGGACCAUCACCGUAGUGCAGAGGCAGCAGUGCGCCUUUAUCCAGUUCGCUACACGUCAGGCGGCCGAGACGGCUGCAGAGAAAUCCUUCAACAAGCUCAUCGUUCAUGGCCAUCGCCUCAACGUCAAGUGGGGCAGGUCCCAGGCAGCACGAGGAAAAGAUGGUGAAAAGGAAGGCGUGACUGAGAGCGGAAUCAGACUGGAGCCUGUGCCCGGCCUCCCCGGAGCGCUGCCUCCACCGCCCGUCUCCACCGACGACAUCUCAGCUAACUAUUUCAACUUGGCGCCUAACACCGGUCCUGCUGUCAUGAAUUUAGGGAUCCCCCCUCCCCCUGGAGUAGCCAUUCCUCCACCUCCAGGUUUUGGCCCCCCUAUGCCCUACCCCUCUAUGGAUCCUAUGGCCCCGCCAAUGCCACCUCCAAUGGCCAUGAGGCCUCCAGGGCAGGUGCAUUAUCCUUCCCAGGAUCCUCUGCGUAUGGGCGCACACGCCAGCCGCCACGGAGGCUCUUAGACCCGAAAGGAAGCUACCUUAAUAUUCGGAUAUGUACAAGAGUGAAGAAGACUUUAAACACACACCCCCCCCCUUUUUUUUUGGCCAACGGCCCACCCCUCAUUUCUGGAGUCUUUUUAUAUCAGUAACCUUUUAUGAACUUGGUGAACUUGUCGUAGUGUUCCUGCUGUCCUAGAAAUAAACAUCUUAACUAAUUAUAGCCAACUUAAAAGUGAUAGGACGUACCUCAUUCGUAAUGCUUUUAUAUUUGGAAUCGGAGGUUUCAAAAUGCAGAGAGGAUUUUUUUUUUUUUUAAUUGGAAGAAAUGUGGAGUUUUUCUUUUUACAGUUCUGUGUAAACAAGCGAAGAAAUCUGCAGUGACCAAUAAAUACCACAUGAGGCCAUUGCUGACUGCUCUUUUAGUCCCCGUUUACCAAACAAAACAACAAAGGAUCGGUACCAAGAACGGAUUUGUCAAAUAAGAGACAUAACAAGAUUGAACAAAUAUGUAUUGUUUAUAUUGAUUGACUUGUGAUGUCAAAAUUCCUUCCUAAUCCUGCUCUCUGUACAUUUGUAUCUAACUCUAAAGCUUGAGUAGAAAGUACUCGGUUUUAUUGGCUCAGUUUGCAGUUGAUUUGAUGACAUUCCAAGCAUGCUGAUGCUGAUGGUGUGUGUGUGUCAUGAUCGAAAUGCAGCUCUUCACCACUUUAAUGGUGUCAGUCCUGCGUUAAGCUCUCCAGCCUCUCGGUAUGCGGUUAAAGUUGGGCCUGGCACAUAUCCUCUCCCAGGUGAGUCUGGGCUCCGUGUAGGCCUGCAUGAGUUCAAAUCCAGGCAGAGGCAGGGUCCGGGUGCCACCUGGCGUCCCUCCAAACGGCAUCGGCGCUCUGUGAAAACAUUAUUUUUUUUGUUUCUACAUCUUGUGUCUUUCUUAUGGAGAAAUGGAGUGUAAGUAGUUUUCUAUCACACUAUGUCAGAGCCUCAGUGGGGCUUUGAGGGUCAGAAGACUUGCGCUAUGUUCUCAGCCGAGCAAUUUGUAAAGAUGGAGUUUAGCAGUUUGCAAGCAAUCAUAUUACUUCUGUUUAUCAUGUGACUGUCAUCUAAUAAAUUUCUACCAUAUUUUG